GGUAAAGUAGAAUACCUGGUGAAAUGGAAAGGAUGGCCCCCAAAAUACAGCACAUGGGAGCCAGAGGAUCAUAUCUUGGACCCUCGCCUGGUAGUGGCUUACGAAGAAAAGGAAGAGAGAGACCGUGCAUCGGGGUACAGGAAAAGAGGCCCCAAACCAAAGCGCCUCCUGCUGCAGCGGCUGUAUGGCAUGGACUUGAGGAGUGCCCACAAGGGAAAGGACAAGCUAUGUUUCUCUAUUGCACGGAGAUUUGGAGGAGACAAUAGCCUGCCAGGGGCCAAGACAGGGCAGGCAGAGUUCCCAGAGAAGACUGGGGGAGCAGUCCUGCCAUUCUCUCUCCGGAAGCAGCGCAAAAACCAGAAGUACCUGCGACUGUCAAGGAAGAAGUUUCCCCGCAUGGCAAGCCUGGAGAACCGCAACUGCAGGCAUGAGUUCUUCCUGAAUGAUGCGGUGGACCUAGAGGGCAGGCAGGACCCUGAUGACUGGGAGGCCAUGCAGCACACCAGCAAAGAAGCAGAUGUGGAUGCCAGUCUCCCUUGGAUCCCCACUGUGCCCCCCAGCGAAGUGACAGUGACAGACAUCACGGCAAACUCCAUUACCGUCACUUUCAGAGAAGCACAAGUGGCCGAGGGCUUCUUUCGAGACCGGAGUGUGCAGCUCUGAAUCUCUGUUUUCAGUGCUCCCCAAAACCAGUGCUUUUAGGGUGGGGCUAGGGAAGGGUUAUGUUACCCCUUAAGAGAAAAAAAAUCCCAAUGUCUCCUCUUAAAAUGUU